AUGAUGACAACAGUCUCAUUUAUUAUUUCUCCCUUUGCAGUGUCACUGUUUUUUGAAAUCAUGGAAAACAGGAAUACCACUGCAUAUUUCAUUCUCCUAGGACUUUUUAACCACACAAGAGCCCAUCAGUUUCUCUUUGUGGUGGUUCUGACAAUUUUUUUCUCUUCCAUGUUGGGCAAUGCCCUCAUGCUUCUCCUGAUUCACCAGGAUCACCGGCUCCACACGCCCAUGUACUUUCUACUGAGCCAACUGUCCCUCAUGGAUGUGAUGCUGGCUUCCACCACUGUGCCCAAAAUGGCUGUUGGGUACUUGACUUCAAAUCAGUUCAUCUCCCUCACUGGCUGUGGGUUGCAGAUCUUCUUCUUUGUCACCCUGGGUGGUGGAGAAUGCUUCCUCUUAGCAGCCAUGUCCUAUGACCGCUAUGUGGCUGUAUGCCACCCACUGCAGUACCCCAUUCUCAUGAGCCAGCAAUUAUGUUUGAGAAUGAUUUUGGGGUCUUGGUCCCUGGGAGUAGUUGACGGGGUCAUGCAGGCAUUUACUACCCUGAGCUUCCCAUAUUGCAGUACGCGGGAGAUCGAUCACUUCUUCUGUGAAGCUCCCACGCUGUUGCGUUUGGCUUGCACUGAUACGUUUGUCUUUGAGUAUGUCAUGUACAUCUGCUGUGUGCUAAUGAUUCUGAUCCCCUUCUUCUUCAUCCUGACCUCCUACAGUCUCAUCAUUGUUGCUGUUCUCCACAUGCAUUCCACAGAAACCCUCAGGAAGGCCUUUGCCACCUGUUCCUCUCACUUAGUUGUGGUGGGACUCUUUUAUGGAGCUGCCAUUUUUAUCUACAUGAGACCCAAAUCCUACAGAUCAGCUUCCCACGAUAAGGUGGUGUCAUCCUUCUAUACUGUCCUCACCCCUAUGCUGAAUCCCCUCAUCUACAGCCUGAGGAACAGUGAGGUCAAGGGAGCCCUGAAAAAGUUAUGGAUCAGGGUGUCACCUUAA